AUGGCCAUGGCAUCGCCCCUGGCCCCCCCAGCGAAGAAGCGUAAGAUGAACUUCUCGGAGCGGGAGGUGGAGAUCAUCGUCGAGGAGCUGGAACGAGGCAAGCACCUGCUCAUCAACCACUUCAACGCGGGGGUCCCCCUGGCCACCAAGGCCGCCGCCUGGCACGACAUCUUACGCCGCGUCAACGCUGUGGCCACCUGCCGCCGCGAGCUGCCGGAGGUCAAGAAGAAGUGGUCAGACCUCAAGACUGAGGUGCGGCGCAAGGUGGCGCAGGUCCGGGCCGCUAUGGAAGGAGGUGGUAUAGGACAGGAUGGAGCCGGCGAGGGCCAGGAUGGCGAGGACCCGACUGGUGCCACAGCCACACCUGUCAUACUCACCCCCAUGCAGCAGCGCAUCUGCAACCUGCUGGGAGAAGCCACCAUCAUCAGUCUACCUACUGGGGACUGCACUGCCGGGGAUGGUGCUGAGAUACCCAUCGCAGCCUCCACCACCACUGUCACCCUGACCCAGAUUCCUGCAGAGACAACUUACCAUAGUCUGGAGGAUGGAGUGGUGGAAUACUGCACGACAGAGGCUCCCACAACUGUUACUGCUGAAGCACCCUUGGAGAUGAUGGCACAUCAAGCUGAGGCAUCCGUGAAACCCCAGGAGCUGAAAAGCCGAAUUGCCCUAAAUUCAGCCAAGCUCCUGCAGGAGCAGCGAGUGACCAACCUACAUGUGAAGGAGAUCGCCCAGCACUUGGAACAGCAAAAUGACCUGCUGCAGAUGAUCCGUCGCUCUCAGGAGGUUCAGGCGUGUGCACAAGAGCGUCAGGCGCAGGCUAUGGAAGGGACCCAGGCUGCUCUGAGUGCCCUCAUCCAGAUCCUACGCCCCAUGAUCAAGGACUUCCGUCGAUUCCUGCAAAGUAAUACACCCAAUCCUUCGGUAACUGCUGACCCCAGCCAUGUGGCCCAGAAUGGGCAACAAGAUGGCAUCAUCCAAUGAAAUAAGGACCGACUGGACUCUUCUCUCAAACGAGCUACAUUUGCUACUGUUGGACGCACUGGGUCAGAGAUGAAAAGCUUCACCUGUACAUGUGUAGAAGAUGAUUGAUUUGUUUGCAAAAAAUAAUUUCAUUGUUAAUGUCUUCCUCUUGCCCCUCCACACUCCACUUGCAGAACCAAUGAGUCAAAAUUACGGAUUAAUACUUGCAAAUAUUACUGUCAAAAUGGAACUUUUUUAUGCUGAGUUAAAUUUGCUGUUGAACUCUCUGUAGGGCUGAGAAGCAGUGAGCUGAAAUUCAUGAUGGAAUGAAUUUGCACAAUGAAUAUAUCUUUCUAUAAUUGGAAAUAUUGAUGAGGCUCUUAACCAGACCAGUCCAUGGGAUAUUGCUAUAUUUAAUAACCUUUAUUGUAUUGGUAGUUCAACUGUCUUUUGGAAAGAGGAGAAAGGGAUAAUGAACAGUGUUGUUUGAAAGCUUUGGCCCAUGGAAGAUCCUUGACCCAUCCAUUCAGUCUUCCACUCCGAGUCAGGACAGCACCAUCAAUGGCUUUCCCACCUUGUUCACCAUCUAACCACAUCAGUACAAUUUUCUUGACUUGUUUCUCUCAAACCCUGUGGAACCAAAUCAAUGACUCAGUUACAGUUUAUUUUUAAAACAGACACUGCAUCAUAUCUGUCUGGUUUUACCUCACUUGUGAAUAUGAAUACCAAUAUGAAUU